AUGGAUUGGGCGAUGCACCAACUAGAUGUGCAGAAUGCUUUCCUUUAUGGUGAUUUGGACGAGGAGGUUUAUAUGGAGCAACCUCCUAGGUAUGUUGCUCAGGGGGAGAAUAUUAUCUACAGGCUGAGGAAGGCCAUCUAUGGGUUAAAACAGAGUCCUCGCGCCUGGUUUGAUAAGUUCAGCAAGGUUAUUUCUAGUGUUGACGUAUAUGUUGAUGAUAUUUUGCUAACUGGGAGUGACUCUGUUGCCUUAACUGAGACUAAGGAGUAUCUAAACCGUCAUUUUGUCACUAAGGACAUGGGAAAGCCAAAGUAUUUUCUUGGGAUUGAAGUUGCAUAUCAAAAGCAUGGCAUGUUGUUGUCCCAAAGAAAGUAUGUGCUAAAUUUACUAGAAGAAACAUGUCUCUUGGAAUGCAAACCUGCAAACACUCCAAUGGAGGUAAAUGUUGAUUUGUGGCGUGAUGAUACCUCUUUACUAGAUGAUGUUGGACGAUAUAGGAGACUCAUUGGGAAGCUAAUAUAUUUGACAGUUACCAGACCUGAUAUUACUUUUGCAGUAAGUGUACUGAGCAGGUUUAUGCACAAACCUAGAGAGGUUCAUUGGACAGCAGCUCUGAAGAUUUUGGCAUAUGUCAAAAGUUGUCCUGGCAAGGGAUUGCAAUAUAAGAAGCAUGAGCAUACUCACAUUUCGGCUUUCUCUGAUGCUGGCUACGUAGGAGACAUGAGAGACCAAAAGUCGACCUUAGGAUUUUGUACUUUUGUUGGAGGUAAUCUUGUGACUUAG